GGUGCCCUGCGAGUUGGUCCCUGCGUGUCCAGCGGGCGCCGGGGGAUCUGGCCGGCUCCGGCCCUGCCUGGUUAAAGAUUAAGGAGGUUCCCGUAAAUCAGCCGGGGAUGCGGAGGCAGCCGGGGGCGGGGGACGGGCAGGGCGGUGCGGGGGCAGCCGAGGGGGCGGGAUGCGGCCCCGCGUCGUGCUCUGCCCUCCUCAGGCACCCGCUGGACGAGGGGGGGGGGAGCGGCGCUCCUGUCACCCACCACCACCGGGACUCCCGGGUGACGGGUGUCCCCGGCCGCCCCAGACCCGUCUGACGCCACGCACCCGUCCAAGGGGUGCGGCCGGAGAACCUCGUCGCGCCCGCCCCGGGGCGUGAUCCCACGGAGCCCAUCCCCGUGAUACCGGGCACUGAUCACCAUGGCAGUGAGGAUCGCCAAGGACGAGCCGACGGAGGGAUGUUUUGGGGUGCAGCCCCCUCCCUGGAGGCGUGUUCUGGACGGCCCCAGCCACCCCCCGCCCGUCCCACAGGAGCUGGAGGAGGUGCGGCGCUGGGAGGGGGCCCGCGAUGUGCGGCCGCUGGACCGGAACGUGCUGCGCUGGGAGGGGCUGCUGCUGCCCAACAACCCCCCGUACAACGCGGGUGCCUUCCGCUUCGAGCUGACCUUCUCCCCCCACCACCCGCUGGUGCCCCCCCGCGCCACUCUCCGCACCUCCAUCUACCAUCCCAGCGUGGACCCCGAGGGUCGCGUCUGCCAGCCCCUCACCACCCAUGAGCACUGGGCACCCACCACCCGCGCCGUCCAAGUGCUGCAGGACCUGCUGCUCCUACUGGACAGCCCCGACCCCCAGCGAGUGCUGCGGCCAGACCUGGCCCGGGAGCUGCAGGAGCACCCCGAGGAGUUCUGGCACCGGGCACGGGAACACACCCGGCUCCAUGCCGAGCCGCGCCCCGACCCCCCCGGCCCCUGAGAACCCCAACCCGGGGACACCUCGACUUCCUCCCUCCUUCCCUAUGCCAGCUGGGGCUGGCCCUGGCAUCACCCCUGCCUUGGUGCCAGACCUUGGCCAUGGGGGUCCCCUCUGGCACCACAAAGAGGGUCCUGGCCCCCCACAGGAGCUGUCCCCCUGUACACAAGGCAAUAAAUUU